UCCAACAUGAUUUCGCCAUUGAAACAAAUCAGCCCAAUUAAAAGUGCCAAGCUGUUCAGGCCGCUCGUCUCGGUAAGCCGGUACUCAACGGGGAACUUGAACUUCUUCAACCGCUCGACCCUUCCUUCCAACACUAUCAUUCGGUUCGUUCCUCAACAAACGGCAUGGAUUGUCGAGAGAAUGGGAAAGUUCAACAGAAUACUAAAACCAGGUCUUGCGAUCUUGCUACCGUUCAUUGACAAAAUUCAGUAUGUGCAGUCGCUGAAAGAGGUUGCCAUUGAGGUGCCCUCUCAGAACGCUAUCACUGCUGACAAUGUGACUCUGGAAAUGGAUGGAGUUUUGUACUACAAGGUGGUAGAUGCUUACAAGGCAUCCUACGGAGUCGAGGAUGCACACUACGCAAUCAUCCAGCUGGCCCAGACCACAAUGCGUUCGGAAAUCGGCCAGAUGGCGCUUGACCUUGUUCUGCGCGAAAGAACCAUGCUGAACGUCAACAUCACCACCUCCAUCAACGAGGCCGCCAAGGAUUGGGGUAUCGAGGUGUUAAGAUACGAGAUCAGAGAUAUUCGGCCUCCUGUGAAUGUUAUCAACUCGAUGAACCAGGUGGUGGAGAAGGAAAGACAGAAGCGUGCCAACAUCUUGGAAUCCGAGGGUCUGAAGCUCAGUGAGAUCAAUAUCAGCGAGGCCCACAAACAGACAGAGAUCCUGAAGUCCGAAGCCGAAAAAAGCAAGAAGAUCAACUGGGCCAAGGGUGAGUCCGAUGCCAUGCUACUUAAGGCAAAGGCCACCGCUGAGUCUAUCCGACUGGUUGCUGACGCCAUUGCAAACAGUCCUCAUGGAAGGGAGGCCGUGUCGCUCAACAUUGCUGAAAAAUACGUCGAGGCGUUCGGAAAGCUGGCAAAGGAGACGAACACGGUUAUUUUGCCUGCCAGUCUAGACAACCUGCCUAAGCUGAUUGCCAGCGGUAUGAACAUCUACAACCAAUUAAACGACGCUGAAUUGGCCCAAAAAGUGUUGAGCGAGCCACAGCCACCAGCACAGGAGAAGGAGAAAGAUGACUCAAAGAACAAUUAAUGUACAUACGGUAGUGACAAACAGCUACUAGCCCUUUUUCUUGAAGAAGCCGUCGAGUGCUCCUUUGCCGACAGCGACUUUUUUCACCUCUUUGCGCACCACUUUUUUCUCAACCUUGCGUUUCUUGGGGUUUGCCGCGUUCAUCACGUUGAGUGUAUUAAUGUUUUCCUCGGCCAGCGCGGUCAAUUGUUCUUUUCUCCGGUAUUCCACCAUGUAGGAGUCCAGGAUCUCCGUCGAAUACAGCUUUUUCAGGUCAUCCAGGUACUUUGCGUCCACGUAGGAGCUGAUUAGCUCAAUUGCCAGCUGCUUUUUGCUCACCUGCAGCACCUCCUCUGUUGGCUCGAAGCCGGGCAAGGAAAGCUUUUUCUUUGCAGAAGCAACUAGCGCAGACGGCAAAUUCUGUGCCAAACGGUCCACCUUGGAGCUGAGAUAACCAAUGAUUUUCUGCAUCGAGGGCUUGUAGAAGGUCUCGCCAUUUUCGUCAACGCUCUCACAUAUUUGAAGCAGCGGCUUUUGCAAGUCUACACCGUUCUCCAACAGCUCUUGAAGCGUCUCAGAGCGUUCGAAUUGUUCCAAAAGAUCCUGGAAGCUUACCAUGCGCACAUGUUCGCGAUUCAACGCGUCCGUGAAAAAAUCCAGCAGCAGAUACAGGGGGUUGUAUUUGGUAGCUAUCCAGAGCUCGCAAUUAUUUCCCACCAUGAGACAAUCCACAGACGCGUCCAAAGCGGCUAGAAAAAUGGUUUUAAGUGGCUGUUGCUUCUUGGUUAGUUUUUGUGUUGCAUUGUGCGGAUCUCUGAAAUUCGUCUUGUUGAGCUCGUACACUGUGCCAUUGUUGACCACCAGCUGCAAACCCUUGUAAGGUUUGAUCGUCUUCAACGGGGUCUGUAUGUUGGUUGGAACGACAAUCAGCCGUAUAUUGUCCUCCUUAGCCGCCACUGUCAUGAUAUCGUUACGCGUGAUAGAGGGAAAAAUUAUAUAUAUUUUUUUUUUGAUCUAUGAUUUUAUUCAGACUCUUCAGCACCGGCUCGCUGCGACGCAAUCGUCUAUCCGAUCUCCAGUCGCAGCUGAAAACAGUGAGCAGAAAAUCAGAGUUCUACUCCGAAGAGGACCGUAGUGCUAAUUCCGAGUCAGAGGUGAUACGACAGUUCCGGAAACUAAUUCCUGCAGACCACAAGCUGUCUCCUGACAUCUCGUCCUGGAAACAGCUUAACCAACCCCAAGACCUUGUGGAAAUUCCAAAUGUUCCGGAUGUUUUGAACGAGACUACUUUGGAUGACUAUGUGCGAACCUUGAACCGCGUGAAGACCAGAAAGUUUGAUCAAAACCCCGUUUAUGUGAAAAGAGCGUUUGAGAAAAUCGUCGAGUCCAAUGUGCUGGAGAGCCUGCACACGUACAACAUGAUCCUCAAGUUUUUUGCAACGACUCACGAUUUCAGCAACGUCAAGGAAACCAUGCGUCUGAUGAAUCAGAGGAAACUGUAUCCGACUACAGAAUCUUUCAACUUUGUGCUGGGCCCCAUGAGAACUAGCCGUCAUGAACGAAAGUUUGCGCUUAUCAAUAUGUACCUUAAACAAAUGCGUUUUUACAAGCAGAUCCCAGAUCUGAGCACCUGCUAUAUUCUUUUUGAGUGUCUUCGCACGCAUCGGAAGCCAAUAUACGACUAUAUGGUGAAGAAUGGGUGUUCAUUGCGUCCCAUUCUCCCUGCAGUGAUGGCGUACAAGCACGACAUUGAGAAGAAGAACUUUGACGAGCUCAUGGCGGAAAUGGUUGCAAACGAACACUCAUUCAAAGACGACCCGAAACUGGUUGCAGAAUUUGUUCGAAUUGCAUUGGAUGAAUACGGGCCUUCGCAAGCUUGGGAUUUUGCUAUGGAAAGACUUGAAGCUGAUAUUCCAGAGCUUACGCCGUCGAUGCUGGUCCAUUUUGUAAACUACUUUGUCAGGGAAAAUCAGCUUUACAACGCCAUAGCCAUGAUCAACCAUUUCGACAACCAUUUUCUCAAAGGCAAGGUGCACAAGGUAUACGAAAUAUUGGCUACAGCUAUGAUAGACCGCCCCAACAGCAAGAACUGGUCUGUGCUAGCGCGUAGAUUUUAUAUUGAGAGCAAGACCUCGUUCUCACGAACAAUCAUGCUUCCUAAAGAGGUUGC